AUGCGCACUGUUCAGAAGCAACCAAAAUCAGCCACUGUGGAACAAUUUCUUGCACCCUUGGAGAAGGAAGAGUCGACUGAACUGUGGAAUAAAUGGCAGGAGGUUCGGGGACUUAUUAGUGAACGGGUACCAAUCCUCCAAAAUCUCUGCGAGAAUCAUGAUCUCUUUGUUAACCAAAUUGAACGUUUCGAAAAGCUAAUGUCAGAUAUGUUCGAUUAUUUGGAAUCGGUUGCUCAAGCUGCAAAUUCCCAAUCAUCUGCAAUUGAAGCCCAACUGGGAGAGUCAGUUGAAGCACUGCGAGACAUGGAAAAGAUGCAGCCAACCCUUGGCCACCUAGACGGCAUCGUAAAGGAAUUGCAAUACUUCUUUAAUGAAGCGUACCUUAAGAAAUUAAAAACACGCUUACAGGAGCUCAACCAAACUUGGAAUAGAGUCAAGGAACUCACCAAUGAAAAUAUUGAAUUCCUUCGAUCGAAAUUAGAAACCUCGAGUAGUGCAAAGGACUUCGUUGAGGAGGAGAAAUCAGAAGCACAACCUAGUGAUUCAGCGACUGCAUAUCAUUCUGAAAUGCAGGAAGCACCAAUAACCAUAAAUAGUGGACUUCCGCAAAAUCAUCCUCCGGAUACCGUAGUCAAGAUGAUUGACCUGGAAGAACUACAGAAGUGGAUUUCAAAGGCCAAGCAUCGUUUCGCGAAAUUCACCUCCAUUAACAGUAGAGAAGAAGUGGACAAAUUUGAAGAGUUCUUAGAGCAAUUCCGAAGUGAAAUAGAUGUCAGAAGACCAAUGAUUGAAGCAAUGAGAAGUGGAGAAGCUAGAGACGCGAUGGGAAAGAGCAUUUCCUCCAAAACGGUGCUUCUUUUCUCAGGACAUUUUGCAGAUUUGGAAUCGGAAUAUGCUGCUAGCCAGGAGCGAUUGAAAUCCGCAACGUAUCAUUUCAACGAUUUCAAUUCUUUGAUGUCCUAUGAAAAGCAUUGGCUAGAACGCGUCGAUUCCAUGCUGAAGAAAUCCAAGAAUCAAACCUACGUCGACGUCGGUGACAUCUGUGAUGAAAUAAUGGCAAGUUACUUCAGAGCAUUUGACAACUUGAAAUCGGAACACUCGGAAGACGACUUUGCUCGAUUGAAGAAAAUUGUUAGACUGCUUUCCUCUGAGAAGGUAAUGUCUCAGAAAUUAAACGCGGAAUUUGAAACCUACGCGGCAAGUAUUGCCAGUGCCCUGCAACAAUUGAUUCGAAGACUGGAUGAGCUGAAGAAACUGAAACAACGAACAGAAGACACGCAAAAUCAGUUGGAUAGGUACAGUGCCUGGCUUCGAGAUACAACAAAGAAUAUUCAAGAGAAAAUGCGAAUUGGAGGUACAGUCGCUUCAAGCAAAGAACUCGAUGAUUUCUGUUCUCAGAUAACUGAAAUCGACGAGUCAAUCGCCAGUAUUCGACAUGAUAUCGACAAGAGAUCAAGUACCGAAUCAUUAGCGAAUGCUGUUCCCGAAAGUCUUACAGAGAAGCUGAACUUACUUCAAACCGACACAGCUAAUUUUAAACGGGCGCUUUUGCUUUACACUUUUCCAUCCAAUAUUCAAUCAUCUAUCAUAAGAAGUCGGGAGGCAACACGUGAGCAUGAUGUUGCAGCUGUCAAUUUAGAAGUAGUCUCACUUACCAACGAUCAUAUCAUCAGUCUACUCAAAAAGGCGGACGAUCUGAUCGAACGAAUUCGGGAGACUCAAAAUCUCGUUGACAGCCUUCAGAAUACUGUAUCCUCUACAAAGCCUUUAUCAGAACUUAGAAAUACACUAGAUGAGCUACUGCAUGAACUGAAGGAUCUGUUUAAUAAGAAUACUAAAAUCCUUGAACACGUCGAGAGAUUCCGAGAAGGUCUGCAAGAUCUUCAGCCCCACGCAGAUCAGUACUCUAAAAUCAUUGACCCUCUUGAUCAAGUUAUGAUGAACGUUGAAGAAGUCACGGAUUACUUAGAAACAGCUGACACGAAUCACUCACAUAUUGAAAUGCUUCAACGUGUUUUAAACGAAUUAUGCGGAGUAUUAGGUCGUGAAGAUAGGGAUCAAGAUGAUUCCUCUAAAGAAGACGAGAACUCAACAGUUGAAAAGCUCGAAAAUCUGUUGAGACAAAUUGAAAUCUCUGUUGAUCCAAUUGAGGGGUUAAAUAGUACCAUAGCCAAUGUGCGCCGAAUUAUUGACAAAGCUUUUGCGGCCAGAAAUGCUUUCCGUGCUCAAAUAAAUGGUCUUGCAACUGAAUCGAAUGAAAGUUCUGUUACAGAAGCUACCGAAAUUCGAGUUGUUCCUGAAACGGGGACGGAUGUUCACGAAAGCACAUUGAAGUCCACAGGAGAGAAUAAUAGAGGUGCAGUCUCAGACGAGACUAAUCAAAGCCUCCUCUCGGUUAUUUACGCACGAUCCAAUCAACUCACUACUGAAAUAUCUGAGUUCUUCCAAGAUUUGGAUAACUUCAAUAAAUAUUGUGUAAAAUUAGAUCCUGCUGAGAAAUCUCCUGAAGAAAACGAUUCAUUGGAGCCAUUACAGACAACUAUGGCAAAGUGUGAGAAGAAAGUAGAGUAUUUCAAAUUACAAAGUCAUUAUCUGGAAUCUCGACUCAGUGAACUCUUGAAAGCGUCUAAAGCACUUCAGCCAGAUGACAGAAAAAUUGUCCUCAAGGUUCAGAAAUUCUGGACCGACUCAAAGAAAAAUCUUGCCUGGCACCUGGAAGAGAUCAAUCAAUUAUCGAGGACUCUCAAGGAGGCUCAGGAAGCCUUCUCGAACUAUGAGCGAUAUCCGGCUGAGGGUAAUCGACAAAUAUGUCUGACCUACAUCACCCGACUGGAAGACAGUUACAAUUGGCGUCUGAAUCAAGAUCGAGCCUGUUUAGACAAAGGCUAUCAUGCAGAAAUCGCUCAGCGUCUGUCUUCAUCUACAAGAAGCACGAAUUUUAUCUUCAAGUUAACUCCCUUCAGAGAGUGUUUGCAACAGUUCGUCACCCAGUUGAACGAAAUUCAGGAUGAACUUUAUUCAUGCCAAAGCAUUCCAACCCAUGAACUCCUAAGUCAAAUUCAGAAUCUAGACCAGUACUUUACAUUGGCUCAAGAAGCAGCAUCGAAAGCAACCAGCAUUCUCAAUCGAUGCAGAAUGGAUCAGGUUCCAGAAAAAGAAAGUAAUGGAGAAAACAACGGCAGUGAAAAUGAAUUCCUCGCUAGUACCAAUUGGUUAGAAGCGAUUCUCGAGACUCAGAAAGGAAGGCUUAACACUUACUGCAACGAAUUUCAUCUUUGUCGGCCCUAUUGGCAGGAGUAUGGUAAUCUUUGGCAAUCAUUUAUGAAUGAAUCGAUUAUGCAAAAGCAUCAAAUGGAACUAUUGCAAUUGGACAGAAUUCCAAAUGAGGACCACGGAAGUUCAGAAGCGAGUGUUGGAACAGCAAGAGAUUAUGCAGUGAAUCUAUGUUCAUCCGUGCUAACGCUUCAACGUCUUGGAAGCAAGAUAGUGUGGAAGGCUCAGUACAGUCAAAUUGGCCAUGGCUUGAAAUCGGAUCUCUACCUUCAGCCAGUGUUUGACGAAAGAUUCUCAAAUCGACCUUUAAGGAUGGACAAUACUCUACAAGACGAUAUUACUUUCAUAAAUGAGACGUUUGAUACCCUAGUUGAGGAGUUGAAAAGACUUUCCCAAAAGUACAAUAUUGAGAGUCUAGUUCCACCAAACCUAAGGAUUGAUACUUCCAGGAUUGAAGAUCUCCAAGUACAAAAAUCUGAUUCAUUAAGUGAUAUGGAUGGAUUUCAGGAGACUACAUUUCCACAAAGCCAACGCCAACAAUUUGAGUCUGUUGGGAUUACCAGCUUCGAGGCCUGCCUAAACCGCUUGAAUGAGGAACUGGCAUGGCUUAAGCAGUCAAAUCUCUACAUACCCGUGGUUGAUGUGCCGUCUAAUUACAUUUCAAAGUUGGAUAGUGAAUUUUGGUCACCUACCGGAGCUACAGGGUCGGUUCAACUGUGUUCCAAUUGGAUCAAAUCUAAAUCGACUGAACUUUCGAAACUCGAUUCAGGAUUAAAAAUGCAUGAGAAACGAUCGGCUCAACUCUGCACAACAUCAGAGAAAUUAAGCGCAACUCUGGAGGAUUUUGAAUCUAGGAGACAGCUCCAUGAGGCAGCUGACGAGUUACACGCCAGUAUGGAAGCUGCCAGAGGCGUGAUUGAUCGUCGUCGAACUCGUCUUAGUGUUUGGUUAUCAGUCUGCUCGGCAAUUGAAUCUGCUAUGUUGAUGGAUGGAGCCGGAAGUGUUAUUGAUCAGGGAGGACAACAGACACUUCCAGUAUGGAUAGCGACUAUUCGAAAGAGGCUUGAGCAGUCCUCAUCCAACUUGGACUCACCUGUGUUUAAGAAAGAAUUGAAUCGACCAGGCGACGAUUCUCACGAGUUUCGUUCGCUCUAUCCACCUGUAAUUCAAAUACAACUUCAGCAAUAUGCUAUCGAAUUGGAAGCUCGCAAACCGCAGUUGGAUAAACUGAUUAUCGAAACACAACGGCUUGAAGAGGAAUUACGCCAUACAGACAACAACUACGCCGAUCACCUCUCCACUAUGACUGGGAAUUUUGCUACGUGUUGCACUCUUCCUCAUGCAAAUAUGUCCUCAUAUCUCACCUCAUCCUUAGUUCAUGUCGUUAGUAGUAUAAAACGUACAGUAAACGAGUUUGUUGGUGAGACUUCGGGUACUGGGGACAUUGAGAAAGGCUCUAACGCUGUAAAUGGAAAGCAUAGCACUGGAGGUGUGGAUUUUAUUCAGUCGCGCUCUCGGCGGGGUUCUAUUUCUGAUUCUUCGAAUUGCAACUCCCCGUCUCCGCAUGCAAAUGAUCCUCAGGAACCGCCAAGAAGGCUAUCUUUAGCUGAAAUAUUUGGAAAUACGGGUGAGACAAUUAAGGAUCAAAUGCCGAGUCUUUCAGAAUUAGAGUCCCCAAAACAUUCCCCCAUCCUUCACCAGAAAGAACCAUGUUCACCGAGACAAACCUCAAAAAUAAUUCAGAGAAUGCCAAUUUCGGAAAACUCUGUCAGGUGGAAACCUCCAAGUCUGCCUUCUUUGAGCACUCUGCUUGAAGAAGAUACUGAAAAGUCAUCGGAGUCUUUUUCUCAAAAUGUCUGUUCUUCAUCAUCUGAGUCUGAUCAUGAAUCAAGUUCGAAAAAGCACUUAGAAGAGUUCCAUGCACCAACGCCUCAAAUUGAAGUACAAGAAUCUAGUUCUUUAGAACAUGCUGUAGAUGCAGUAGUUGAGGAAGUGCGUCAGUGCUGGAAUGAAACGAGUUCUCAAGUGAAAGCUCGGCUCGAUGAGCUCGAGAAGAUGAUGACAGCUACUGAUGAGCUCAAGACCCUUGAGAGAGAACUUGAUAGAUGGCUUUCACGCGCUGAAUCCAAUCUUGAGGACGCCAUUUCCAACACCCAAGAUAUCGGCGAAAGGAAACGCAUAAUCCAGAGUUCCCUGGAAAUUUCAUAUAAUAGCACGAUUUUGUUUCAGGAAAUAAUUGACAGGCUUCCAGACGGAGAAACCAAGUUCACGCUUCAUCAGAAUAAAUGCGAAGCGAUUCUGGAAAAAUACUCCAAAGAAGACACGCAAAAGUUCCGUAGUGAUCAGGAGGCGAUUCAGUUGCGCUGGUCUCAACUAGUUACCAGUCUUCGUGAAUCACUUGAAGGAGCAGCACAACUGGAUCCUGAUCUCAUCGAAAUUCCAGUUGCUGCUCAGCCCAAAAGACCUGAAUCCGAUCUUCAACGAAUCGUUCGUUUGAGAACUGCCACCUCUCAACAACCUGGAGCAUGCAACUCCGGUGAUCUAAUUCGCCCGAUGGAAUCAAGGAGUAUGGAGACUUCUGUCAUAGAUGCAUUCGGAAAUGGUGAUGCCAAUCCACCUCGAACCUAUGGCACCAUGGGACACCGUGGCUAUGGACAGAAAUUCGAAAGCGUUUCUCAUCCUCCUGCUUGGAGGGGACUAGUUAUGGAGCUUGUUGAAAGAGGAUUUAUGUGUCUGAAUCCUAAUAAUGUUUACUUAAUAGAGGAAGCAGGGUCCUCUCAAAGACUCCCCAACGAAAAUUGGCGACUCUUCUUGGCUCAAUUACGACAAACGAACGAUUGGCUGGCUCAUCAAGAUGCGAAUUUUCAUCAACUUAAAGGCACUAUCGGCGGUGAUAGCGAAAGCGUCAGUCAGCUCAUCAAUUCUUUCUCAAUUUUGGAGGAUGAGAUUCGUCAACAUAAAUUCCAAGUCGAUGAGCUUCUCAAUCGCGGAAAGAUAUUUAUGCAAGACCAGACCAUUGACGGAAGAUAUUGUUUGAAUAUGGAUUCUGAAGGCGAUUCUGAUGGCUCAGAGUACGAACCCGGAAAGGUGGAUGUGGAUGAAUCGAAUAUGAGCACCAAAAGAAUUAAGCUGACUGUGUUCGAACGAGUACUCGAUGACGCUGAAAAUGAACUGAAAUCCGCUCAAAAGCUUCUAAUGUCUCAGGAUCUUUCUUCUCCUACAAACGACCAGAAACUGCAGAUGAUUUGGGAUACCUGUGCCUCUGUAACUCAUGCUAUUGCUGGUCUAGACGGGCAAGCUCUGUGUCUCAGUGAUGAUGGAACUAUCAUAUCCCACGUUCUAAUCUCACGUCUGGAUGGUUUGAAAAUUGGAUUGGAACGAUUACGUUCACUGACUAAUGAAGAGAUGAAUCGAUCAUCGUCAAUAAAUGGAUUAUCAUCCACACUAUCACAACCGAUUGCCCCAGUAUUCCAGAGGAAUCUCAGAUCACCGCCUCAGCACAUGUUGAACUCGGAGAGCACAAAUACUCCUCUCAAUGAUGGUGCUCUCAUUCCAAGACCAAAGAGUCCUUCCGAAUGCUGGCUUCAGGCCUUCAAAACCGUGUCGUAUCCUUGGGAACGAUGCCUAUUACCGGCUGGAAAUCAGGUCCCUUACUACAAAAAUCAUGCAACCCAGGAGACACAAUGGGAUCACCCAUUAAUGAUUGAACUAUUGCAAAAAAUGGAUGAAAGCAACACAAUUCGAUUCCAGGCCUACAGAGCCGCUGCAAAAAUUCGCCAGCUUCAACUGAGAUUAUUCUGUGAGUUAAAACUUCAACACUUUGACCAACUACGAGACCUGCACCAACUUGAUCAAGUUCCUCUAAAUGUGGCUACGGAAACUUUCGCUCGGCAUGGACUCACUUCACCCCUAUACAGUGAAGGAUAUGAUGGAAGGAUGAUGGAUGUUCCACAGAUGUUGAAUUGCCUUACAACCCUCUACUGCCGAUUGUGGGAUUUGCUGGUCAGCCAACCGGAUGUCGUUAAAAUUACCAAUGCCUCAGGAGAUUCACAAAUGGUGGUUCCCACUCAGCAGACCCCGUCAAGAUCGCACAACUCCGAUUCCAUUGCUGUUGGAAAUAAGGUACAGCAAAUUGUGACUUGA